UUGUGAUCCACCCUACAAAUUUCUUCAUUGAUUUACUGUAGCUUGUAUAUACCAUAUUUUUUCCUUUUUGUCUUAGGUAAAAAAGAAAAGGAAAUUCUUUUGCAUCUUUGUACACUAAAUUUUGAUAGUAGUCAUACAAACACACACACUGGGAAAUACAACACACUGUAAUUCGGAAAUGGUCAUACUUGGUCAACUCUUCCCGCCUUCUGUCCUUAAUGGAUACUAUAUAGAAGUAUAUUUGUCAUUAAUGAGUUUGUUUUAGUUUUGAAAUCUUGGAGUUCCUUCUUGAACAAAAGAAGGAAGCAACACCAAGGUAGUUUUUUGGUCGAUUUUUGACUUUUGACUUUUUAAUUGUUCAAAUCGUUAAAAAAUAUGUUUGGUAAAUGACUUUUAAAACAAAAUAAAAGAAAUUCUUCUUUGUAGCUUUUUCAUUGUUUUUAUUUCAUUUUUUGUUUAAUAAACAAUCCACUUCUAAUCUUAACCUAACAUCUCGAGAACAGAUGGUUAAACGGCUAACAAUAUAGUCAAAGUUACUAGCUGGUCAAACAAGUUAACUGCAUCAAUUCUGUCAAGGAACCAAUUUAACCAAAAGCUUAAGCUGAUGGUUAAAGCCCCAGGAUAUGUUAUAUGCUCUAACACGCCCCCUCACACGAGACCCCAUUGGACUAGAAGUGUGGAUGCGCAUAGGCGCUGAAUAUUCCACUUUAAAUGAGGGGUGGUUGAGAUUCGAACCCGUGACUUCUCACGUUGGCUUCUGAUACCAUGUCAAGGAACCAACUCAACCAAAAGCUUAAGCUGAUGGUUGAAGCCCCAGGAUAUGUUAUAUACUCUAACACGCCCCCUCACACGAGAGCCCUUUGGGCUAGAAGUGUGGAUGCAACACAUGUUCUCCUCAUACAUGGUGCUCAAUAUUCCACUUUGAAUGAGGGGUGGUUGAGAUUCAAACCCGUGACCUUUUGUCACAUUGGCUUUUGAUACCAUGUCAAGGAACCAACUCAACCAAAAGCUUAAGCUGAUGGUUGAAGCCCCAGGAUAUGUUAUAUACUCUAACAAAUUCACCAUCAGCAAUCGACCAAACUAGAUCAAGCUUUCCCUUAAUUCAGUUUCUUCAAUUCUUUGGCAACUUUCGCUGCAGAUUUCUGUUACCAUAACUCAUGCUCUCUUCUGUAAUAUUUUGAAAACAGAAUUUCUCUUAUGAAACUCAACUAUAUCACCCUUAAAUCAGGAGAUCAUGGAAUAUGCAUGCAUGAAAACACCAUUUAACAAACACAUUUUCUACUCUUUUAAGACCCUUGUAUACACACAAGAAAUCACUAUCUAACACAUAGUACUACAACAGGAGAAUUCCGUUCACAAAAUUCCUGAUAAUUAAAACCGAAAUUCCCAAAACAAUGAAUCAUCUUUUCACUCUUUUAGUCCUCUUAAUACUAGUCUGCAAUCCCAUGAUGGGUCAUGAACAUACAGGAAAUCAAGGGCAAGACUCGGUUUUAUGUAACGAUGUGGUUAACGAGUUAUCACCGUGUUUAUCUUACCUCGACAACCAAGACUCUUCGCCCUCGAGUAGUUGUUGUCAAGGUGCUAAGUAUGUUGCCAAGCAUUACAGUAAAAGCAAGACCAAAAGACAAGGAGUCUGCCAGUGCCUUGAGUCUUUAGUGCCCCUUGUAGGCCAGAUUGAUACUUCUCUUAUCUCUGUUCUUCCUCACCAAUGUGGGUUGAAAAUCAAAUUGCCUCCUAUUAGUACAAACUUAAACUGUUCUCAAAUAAGUUGAUAAAGAUCAAGAUGAUGGAUUACUUUCUUUUUAUGGGGAGCAAGGAAGUCUACAAUAAAAAAAUUACGUAAAAUUGCAUCAACCUUAGUUUAUCUGGAAACUGUUUAUAUAUGUUACAUAUUAAU